AGGACAAUGUAGGGUACUAAUGUGACGUUUCUGAUGAUAUAUUUUAAAAAAUUUGCAAUGAAUUAAUUUUACAAUGAAUGAGCCUGGUGAGCAGUUAAUUAAAUUAGCGAAGUAUAACGAGUUGCAGGAAUUUAUCGUUGAAAGUAAAGCACGAUUACAAACAAUUUUAAAACGCUUAAAAUGGGAUACUGAACCGUUUCCUCUCAAGAAACUGGACAUAAAAGAUACAGGAUGUGAUGAUGAUUCAGAACCAGAGUUACCGGCAAGUUGUGCUGCGUUCAAUUCUAUAGUUACUGAUGUGGAAGAGCUACGUAAAAUAGUAGGCGAUACAAAAAUAGAAGUUCCUAAAAAAUUUUCAGACUUGCAGUUCAAUUUUACCAACCAACAAAAACUUGCUAUUUAUGAGCAUGUUGUAGCAAAUACCAAAAAAUGUGAAGAACCAGAAAUUACAGUGCCAGCAUUGGGAGAAGAAGGACUGACAUUUGCCGACAUAGUAGCACAAAAGAAACGGGAGACAAAGAAACGUCGGCGCUAUAGACAAAGUAAACCAACACAUCUUGAAAAUGUUCGCGCCAUGAUAGAUCUGCAAAUGCAGGCUUUGCAACAGUACAAUAAUGCCAGGGUUGAAGAAGAACGUAAAAAGAAUACAUAUGAGCGACCCAAAGAGCGAACUGAUAGAAAUCGUUCGCCAGAGAUGAAAAGAGAACAUUUCCGAUUCAAGCACAGAAGUCGAAGCCGUAGCAUUGAGUGCGAAGAUCAUAGAAGGAAAAAACAUAGAAGCCGUAGUGUAAGCAAAAGUCGUAAAUGCAGUAAGCAUAAAGAACGCAACUGUAAUGGUAGUAGAAAAAGAGAUAGGAAGGUACAUAAACGUCGUAGUAGAAGCCGGAGCAAAAGUAAAAAGCGGAAGUCACAUAAACGACGUAGUAGGAGUAGGAGUCAAAGCGCGCUUCGCGGUCGUAGACGCAGCCACAGCAUGAACAAAGUAAAUCGCCGAAAAAGUGAUGUACAUGAAAAAUUGUAAAUCAAUUUGGAAAAUGCUUUUAAAUAAUACAAGACUGUCAUUAAGCCAGAACUAUUUA